AUAAAGAAUAAGUAACAGAGAGAAAAAGCAUACCACACAAUAUUCCCUUCUCUCUCUCUUCUUUCGCUGGUAGAGAGCCUCUCUCUAAAGCAAAAACACGAGCGAUAAAAAAAUCCGAGGGAGCUAGAAACGAAACGAAACGAAAGAAGACCAUCUUUACUUGUUUCUCUGUUCGUUUUUUUUAUUUUUCUUUUUUUUUCUAGAUGCGAAUAUCUUAAGAUUCAACUGGCUGAAAUCGAGAUGAAGAUUUUGCGAGAUCAGCCAAAUUGUUGGGAUCAAUCAAAGAUAGUGGUCAAAAAACCCCAAGUGGAAAAUACAGUCGCAUAGAUUUCGUCAGAUCUGUUAAUCUCCGGUACUCAAUUCUCAUUGAUUCGUCCUCUGUUAUGCUAAAGUUAAGUGUAUGAAUAAGCUUAGCAUAAUUAGUAGCGUCGCUGAGAAAACUCGAAUGGAGGAGGAGUAUUUCUUGAAGAUCAUGAGCUUAGAGGAAUCCAAGAAGAUGAGAAACAUUGGAUUGUCUUAAGAAAAAUCAAACCUUUUGAAAACUUACUUACUCUCUGUGGUUGGGAAUCUCUUUAUCUAGAGAGCUCAUGGAAGACAUGACCCCAGCAGUUGCAAUGACUCUGAGCAUAGCUAACUCAAUAUGUGACUCAUCAUCACCUGUUGAGAUCUCUCAGCUCAAGAACGUUACCGAUGCAGCUGAUUUGUUACCUGAUUCAGCCAAUCAGAGCUGUUGCAAUGGAGAGACUGAUUCCACCAUGGAAGAUGUCUCUAAAAGCGGGUCAACAGUUGUGGAUGAAGACGAGGUAUUAUCCGUUGUGGAGGAUACUAAUGCAGUCAUAAACGAAGGCUUAUUGGUUCUUGAUCCUGGCUCUGAGUUAAGCUUGUCUGAUACAGCAAUGGAGAUUGAAAACGGGAGAGUUCUUGCUACAGCGAUCAUCCUAGGAGAAUCAAGCAUCGAGCAGGUCCCCACGACGGAAGUCCUUAUCGCUGGUGUGAAUCAGGACACGAACAUAGAGAAUGGUUCAGCUUCGGAGGUUGUCAUUCGGUUGCCAGAAGAAAAUAGUAAUCAUCUGGCGAGAGGGAGAAGCGUCUAUGAACUGGACUGUAUACCUCUUUGGGGCACGGUUUCUAUUCAAGGUAAUAGAUCCGAGAUGGAGGAUUCUGUUGCGGUGUUACCUCAUUUUCUUAAGUUACCUAUCAAAAUGCUUAUGGGGGAUCAUGAGGGUAUGAGUCCAAGCCUCACACACCUCACCGGUCAUUUCUUCGGUGUUUAUGAUGGUCAUGGAGGCUUUCAGGUUGCUGACUAUUGCCGAGAUAGACUCCAUUUUGCCUUGGCUGAAGAAAUCGAGCGCAUAAAAGACGAGUUAUGCAAGAGGAACACAGGAGAGGGUAGGCAGGUCCAGUGGGAGAAAGUCUUCACUAGCUGUUUUCUAACCGUUGAUGGUGAGAUAGGAGGGAAAAUUGGGAGAGUUGUUGCUGGUUCUUCUGAUAAGGUUCUUGAGGCGGUUGCCUCUGAGACUGUAGGAUCAACUGCUGUGGUUGCUUUGGUUUGUUCAUCACAUAUAGUAGUUUCUAACUGUGGUGAUUCAAGGGCGGUUUUAUACCGUGGCAAAGAAGCCAUGCCUUUAUCAGUCGAUCACAAACCAGAUAGAGAGGAUGAGUAUACAAGAAUAGAAAAUGCUGGAGGGAAAGUUAUACAGUGGCAAGGCGCUCGUGUAUUUGGUGUUCUCGCCAUGUCUAGGUCUCUUGGUGAUAGGUAUCUGAAGCCAUAUGUGAUCCCAGAACCGGAAGUGACAUUCAUGCCAAGGUCAAGAGAAGACGAGUGUCUAAUACUAGCCAGUGAUGGUCUUUGGGAUGUAAUGAACAACCAAGAAGUCUGUGAAAUAGCGAGGAGACGGAUCUUGAUGUGGCAUAAGAAGCACGGGGCACCACCUCUAGCAGAGAGAGGCAAAGGAGCAGAUCCAGCUUGCCAAGCCGCGGCUGAGUACCUCUCUGUGCUUGCUCUUCAAAAAGGAAGCAAAGACAACAUCUCCAUUAUUGUGGUUGACUUGAAAGCUCAAAGAAAGUUCAAGACCAGAGCUUGAAGCUCGAAGCUUGAACAAACAGUCCGCUUACUUACUUUUUUUAGUGGGGUAAGUUCCAAAAAUUUUCUUAUAAUUUUACUAGAUCGUAACAGAUCUAAUUUCGACUUGUUUUUUACAUAUUAUUUACUCAAUAUUGUUAGAGGGAGGGAAAUAAGAAAGAAAAAAAAUGUGGGUUGGGGAGGAGAAGUUAAGACUGAAGAAGAUAAUGAUGAUGCAUAGCUAAUUAUAAGUACAUUCCUUUUUCUCAUGGAAUAUGGAUUGGUAUCUGUAAGAAGAAAUAGGCCAAGAUAUGUCUUUUUUUGGGGGGUAUUAAAGUAGAUGAAUAUGUUGUAAUAUUUAAAGAUGUGGCUAAUGAAAUUGUAAUUGAAACUCUGUCACA